AUUAUACAAUUUUCAAACCUUUUUUUAAAAUUAUUAUUUAUUCCAAGAUUUAAAAUCUUGAAUUUGUUAUAUAUAUAUUUUUGAAAUCAAGUUUCAUAAACUCUACAAAAAAAAACUUCCUUUUUAGGGUUAAACUCUAGCCUGCCAGAUGUUCAUUGAAACUUAACCCUAUUAGUUCACUUAACCAUAUUAUUGCAUCAGUUGUAAACCUAAAUAAAAACUUUACGGCUAUUAAGUAAUAAAUAUAAAUAAUUAAGGUUCUAGGGUUCCUUGUUUUAUUUAUUUUAUUUUAUUUUUGAGUUUCCUGGCAUCUCUGAGUCAUGCUCUCUCCCUUUUUGUUGCUACCCUUUUCUUAAACACAGCUUCACUGGCCAUCCAUCCUGCUGCAAGAGAGGCAGAGAGCGUUUGUCUGAAUAGCAGGAGAGAAAGCAGGCUCAAAAACAAGAUCCACCCCUUGGCCGAGUUACCUGUCCGAGUGAGAGAGCGGGAGAGUUGAGUCACUUUGGUUCUCCGCCAAGCGCUCUCACCGAGAGAGAGAGAGAGAGUGAGAGAGCGUGGUAGAAGCAAUACUGCCCAGGCCGCAGCUCAGUCGCAGAGUUCCGCACAGUUUGAGUUUUCUAUCCGAAGAGUGCGCUUAGGUCCGCUGCUGCGACGGUGUUUAAACAGCUACCUGGGCAGUUUUACACCCCUCGCCGCCCCACCCACACGUAACUCUCUCUCGUCGUAGUAGUAGUGUUAUUAUUGUUGUUGUUCGAGUUGAGAGCGCGAAACUGAAACCGAUACCGAUACCGAAGCUAAACGAACUAUAUAGCCCGAAGCCAUUACACGAGAUCGGGAGACACACACAGAAAGCUCUCCGGAAAGAUCUCAGUUAUAAUUUAGUUCUGGAGCUCCGCUUGCCCCGUUACUACCCAUUAUUUUUUUCGUGUGCAUUCACAAAACAGAAACUGAACCGUAAUGGUCUAAAGGGGCUAAAAAACAAAAAAACAAAAAUAUAAAUUAAAUAACUAAAAAAAAAUAAGAAUAAAAAAAAAAAAAACAAAGCACUUAAAAAAUAAUUAAAAAGAAAAAAGCAGCAAAAUGUUUGAUGUUUUUGGGUCCGUCAAGGGCCUACUGAAGAUCGAUCAGGUGUGCAUCGAUAACAAUGUCUUCCGGAUGCACUACAAGGCGACCGUGAUCAUCCUGAUCGCCUUCUCCCUGCUGGUCACCUCCCGCCAGUAUAUCGGUGAUCCGAUCGACUGCAUCGUGGAUGAGAUCCCAUUGGGAGUGAUGGACACCUAUUGCUGGAUCUAUUCGACGUUUACGGUACCGGAGCGACUAACCGGUGUCACUGGACGUGAUGUUGUCCAACCGGGUGUCGGAUCGCAUGUCGAGGGCGAGGAUGAGGUGAAGUACCACAAGUACUAUCAGUGGGUGUGCUUCGUCCUCUUCUUCCAGGCCAUACUGUUCUAUGUGCCGCGCUACCUGUGGAAGUCGUGGGAGGGCGGUCGCCUCAAGAUGCUCGUCAUGGACCUCAACAGUCCCAUUGUGAACGAUGAUUGCAAGAACGAUCGGAAGAAGAUACUGGUAGACUAUUUCAUUGGUAAUCUGAAUCGUCAUAACUUCUAUGCCUUCCGGUUCUUCGUCUGUGAGGCAUUGAACUUUGUCAACGUCAUCGGUCAGAUCUACUUUGUGGACUUCUUCCUCGACGGCGAGUUCAGUACGUACGGCAGUGAUGUCCUGAAGUUCACCGAAAUGGAACCGGAUGAGCGCAUCGAUCCGAUGGCCCGGGUCUUUCCGAAGGUCACCAAGUGUACGUUCCACAAAUACGGUCCAUCCGGCAACGUCCAGCGAUUCGAUGGUCUCUGUGUGCUGCCCCUGAACAUCGUCAAUGAGAAGAUCUAUGUGUUCCUGUGGUUCUGGUUCAUCAUCCUGAGCAUCCUGUCCGGUAUCUCGCUCAUCUAUCGAAUCUCUGUGGUGGCUGGACCCAAGCUGCGUCACCUGCUGCUCCGUGCCCGCUCCCGUCUGGCCGAAAGCGAGGAGGUCGAACUGGUGGCCAACAAGUGCAACAUCGGUGAUUGGUUCCUGCUCUAUCAGCUGGGCAAGAACAUCGAUCCGCUUAUCUACAAGGAGGUGAUAUCGGAUCUGUCCCGUGAAUUGGGCGGCGAUGAGCAGAGCGCCCACAAGCGGCCCUUCGACGCCUAAGGAGCCAAGGCAGAAGAAAGAAUAUAUAUGGAGUGGGGGGCGUGGCCGUGUGCCGUAGUGCCAUUUCACGCAGCCGAUUAAUUAAUUUGGUUAAGAUGGAUAUUGAGGAGAGAUGUUGGAGAAGAUUUCGGGGAAUUUCGAAAACGAGACGAUGAAGAGGCCUUCCGAGCUAAUGAACACAUAUCAACGAAUUCCAUGGUUUAUACGACAAGAAUAACAACUGUUUUGUGUUUCAAAACAUAUGCUACAACAACAACAAUACAAUAUACAACAAAAAGACAAAAAAAAAAAACGAUUUUAAAAAAUAACAAUAAACGAGAAACAAUAACAAAUACUAGCCGCUGCCAGAAUUCUUCUUAAAAAAUACGGAAUUAUUUUUGAUUUUUUGUUAAAUUUGUAUUUUGAAUUAAGCGACAAUCAACACCAAGAAUUCGAAAUUCAAAAAAUCAAAAGCAAUUCUUUGAAGAAUUCUGGAAAAGAAAGAAAUUUUUUUAAAACAGGAUAGGAGAAAAGACAUUUUAAACUAUAUACAAAAUAAAAUAUAUAUAUUUUUUGUGCAGCAACUAACGAAUUGAGAUAUGAUAGAUAUAUACAACAUAUAUAUAUAUAUAUUUUUAACAAAUAUACAGACGGACAGAAAACAUAAAUCAAAUAUAUAUAUAUAUAUAUUUACGAAUGCCACAUGCGAAGUAAUAUUUAUUCUAAGAGUUGUGAUCAUUGAUUAAGACAUCUAAAGAGAAAAAAAAAAUAUAUUAAAAAAAAACAUAAAAGCAAGGAAAACAAUAAUUUACAUUUAGAAAAAAAAAAAACAAAAAAAAACGCCAGCAAAUAAUAAAUAUUUUAUUUCAAUUUUUAUACACUUUUAAUUUAGCAAUUUUCGCCAGCAAAUAAUAAUUGUACGAAUUAUAAUUAUAAUUACAUUCUUUUUUUUUUUUGCAUAUCUUUUUUUUAGCAUUUAUUUAGUUUAGCGCAAUUUUUUUUUAAAACACAAAAAAAUACACACACACACACAACAAAAGAGGAGAACCCCCGAACUCAUCGAUAAUGAAGUGAAAAAUAAAUUUAUUUAUAAACGUAUAUAUUUUUGUAAAAAUAAAAAAUAUAUAUUGUAAUAAUUGUAAGAGAUAUGUGUAAGCAUGGAAAAGACAAACAAAAAAAAUGAAAGACUCAAAAGCAAUAUUUAAAAGACAAAAAAAAAUGAAAAACACUACACUACACUGCAAAAAAAAAAAUGAGUAGAGACAAGAAAGCAAUCGAAAAUCAAAUAAAAGUGUUUGUAACUCUGUGUGUUUAUCCACGAAGCGAGAUAAACGAGCCAAGCCCUAAGCUAAGUUUCAAUUUCAAUUCCAUAUACUUAUAAAUACUUACAUUAAACAAAAAAUAAAAACAACAAUAAAAAAAAACACACACAAAAAAA